AUGCCUGCAGUAGCCUUUGACUUUCUUGGUACGCUAUUUUCCUUUGCGCCCGUUAUUGAUCGCCUCGAAGACGUGUUUGGAAAGAAUGUACUACCGAUGCGACAGAAUGCCGAACGAUUAUUCUUUCAAUGGAUGUGGUCGGGUCUGCGCGAUUACUUUGGGUCGUCCCAAGCUGGUCGCUACUGUCCUUUGAUGACUGUUUUACAAAGCACACUGACACGCGCCAUGAUUAUUGAGGGAUACGCUGCACCGAGCAAGGAGCAAACAGAAAAAGUGAUGCGAGCUUUCAUAGAAGAUAUCAAGCCAGCCGCCAGCGCGAUAGAGGCUUUAGAGUUGCUCAAGAAAAACAAUUGGGAUAUUUGGGUCGUCACAAACGGAGCCUAUGCAGGCACCGUCUCACUAUUACGACAAAACGAAAUUUUGGACUAUUUCCGUCGAGGCGAUGAAGUCAACGUUUUGAGUUGUGACGAUCUGAUGAUAUCCAAACCGCAUCCCAAGGUUUAUUCGGAGCUCAUGCGACUCAACGUUCAUCGGACUCGAAGGAUUGAGAAUUUUUACCUCGUUGCAUCGCAUGCAUGGGAUCUCGCUGGCGCAAAGAACGUUUCGUUCCGUACUGUGUUCCUUACUACGGAAGAAAAGAUAUAUCCAGCGGACAUGUAUGAUGGAGUUGGACCGGACUUACAAGGGGAUUCGAUCUUGGAAUGCGUUCAAGCAAUGAUAGAUCUUGAAAAGAGCAAAAAACAUUUUCUUUGA